AUGACAUACAGUUUGAUCUGUCACUCGGAUCCUUCCGGCCACCACCGGUGUUCCCUUCUCAAAUUUGAGAAUGUCACGAUAUUGAUGGAUCCUGCUUGGGAUGGGAUUUCUGAAGACCACGACGCAGCAGUAGAUUUUUGGGCUCAGCUUAUAAGUCAAACCGAUAUAGUGAUACUGAGUCAACCAACUGCUGAAUCUUUAGGUGCAUAUGCGCUGCUGUAUGCUGCAUUUUUGGCACAUUUCUACUCGCGUAUUGCGGUAUACGCUACCUUGCCCGUGGCCAACUUAGGCAGAGUCACUACACUUGAUUUAUAUACAUCUCAAGGACUAAUUGGACCCGUGGACACCAAUAAACUGGAUUUGUCAGAUAUUGAAGACGCUUUUGACCACAUAAUUUCGAUCAAACAUUCCCAAAUAUUGGAUCUCAAAUCUAAAUUCGAGGGACUUACAAUCGUAGCUUACAACUCGGGCUACGCCCCGGGUGGAUCGAUUUUUAGCAUUACCACAUUUUCCGAUAAGGUUAUUUACGCCCCGCGGUGGAAUCAUACCAAAGAUACAAUCUUGAACAGCGCAGCUGUGCUGGAUAUUUCAGGAAAACCUUUAACUUCCUUGAUGAGGCCUUCGGCGAUAGUCACGUCUACUUCGCAUCUGGGUUCCUCAUUACCGUACCGCAAGCGAGCAUCGCAGUUCAAGGAGGUCCUGAGAGGAGUGCUCUCUAAAAGCGGCACAGCCGUUAUUCCAUGCCAGGUUGGUGGAAAGUUUUUGGAUUUACUUGUGCUGGUGAAUGACAUGAUUUAUGAACAAAGAAGGUAUAGAAAUCAAUCGGAUCCGCCAAUUUUCUUGGUUUCUUAUUCUCGAGGCAGAUCUCUCACCUACGCCAGAAGCAUGCUGGAGUGGUUAUCAGCGUCUGUGAUCAAAACCUGGGAGGGCAGGAAUAACAGAUCACCUUUUGAUCUUGGUUCUCGAUUCUCCAUAGUGACUCCCGAAGAGCUCAAGAAAUAUUCAGGACCCAAAGUUUGCUUUGUUUCUGAGGUGGAGAGACUUAUCGACGAUGUGCUUUCAGCUCUUGGAACAUCGGAUAAAACCACAGUUGUAUUAACUGAACCUGAUGGCGUCCCUGAAAGAUCCAACAAAAUUCUCUCAAGCAUGUACACGACUUGGUUGAAGACAAUCAAGAAUCGGGACAAUAGAGCUCAAGAUAUCAGGCCGAUCCUGUUUGCCCAAACUGUCAGAGCAGGAUUUGUCACGACAGAGGAACUCAAAGAUGAAGAACUAAAAAACUUUAAAGUAAAGCUUGAGAAGAGAAGCACUGAUCGUGCAGCACUAAUGGAAAAGCUGAAAAAAGAGGCAAGAGCCGAUGGGUCGUCCAAUGUAGCUGGACUUAUUGACGCAGUAAUUGAGGAAGAGGAUGACGACGACGACGAUGAUAUUCCUGAUUUUAUUACAGCCGUCAACAGGAAGGCCAAUGCUACUGCAAAACCACUGGAAAUUCCCGUUGAUGUUUACAUCAACCCUGAAGCACAGCCUAGACAUAAGAUGUUCCCAUUUCAACCGGUGAAGAUCAAGCGAGAUGACUACGGUGAUGUUGUAGAUUUUUCUCAAUUCGUCCCCAGUGAACGGUUAGAGGAGAAUGAGAAAAGAUCUGCUACAGAUGCCUUUGCCGAGGAUGAAGACCCGUAUGAGAUAGAGGUAACAUCCAAAACAUCCAAAAAACGGCGUGGGGCAAACACUGCAAAAGGAAACGGGAACAAGAAAGAGGAAAAUAUGGACGACGUAUCUUAUCUGAAUGCGCUCAACAAACCCCAUCGACGUUUCCUGAAUGAAGUCAGUCUUUCUCUGCGAUGUUCGGUAUCUGUUGUAGAUCUUACCAGUUUGGUUGAUCAGCGGUCGAUGUCUGUUAUUUGGCCAGCCCUGAAGCCGCGUAACGUUUUGAUGGUAGCUCCCAAGAAAGACCAGAAUGUAACAGCCCUCAAAAUGCUGAGGAACAAGCUCGUUGACGUUACAGAGCUCGAGUUUAAUAUUCCUACAACUUUUGAAACGUUGAUCCGGUCAUUGGAUGUUUCUGUAGAUCCGGAGCUCGAUCAACGGCUCAAGUGGCAAGGUGUCAGUGACGAAUACACAAUCGCACACGUUGUCGGACGCCUGGUAUGCGAUAAUGCUUCAUUCGUCGACGGAAUGCAACACCAUCGCGACAAAUGGGUACUGAAACCAAUCACCAACGGCUCCAAAAUGUAUCCCAAGGUGUCCCUUGCCAUUGGAGACGUGAGAUUAGCUGAAGUGAAGCGUCGUAUGACUGAGAAGAACCAUGUUGCCGAGUUUAAAGGUGAAGGUUCGCUCGUGAUAGACGGAAAAGUCGUUGUCCGGAAAAUUAGCGACGGUGAAACAGUAGUCGAUGGCUCUCCCUCAGAGCUAUUUUACAAGGUCAAAGCAGCUGUUGCAGACAUGUUGGCCAAAGUAUGA